UUAAUAGCAAUUGUUGUCUCUAUAUUGCUGCAGUUGACUGUCCAAAGUUGAAUAGGAACGGCAGUCGUAAACGGCGUUCAGCUAUUCAAGAUGUUCAUCUCAAUAUGGCAACUGCCAAUUCCAUUGUUCAUGAUAUGUAUCAACUAGCCUACCAUAUAUAUGGUAAUGAGGAAAUGUUUAAUAUUGGUCUUGGUUCUUGGUAUCAAGAGUUUGAAUUGAGCAUAUCAGACAACAGUGAUCUAGGGACAUCUUUAUCAUUGAAUGAAUCAGACAAUGUGUUAAAGUACAUCAAUGAAACAGACCAUGCUUUGGUUUCUGCGUUUCUCCAGCGUUGGAACAACUCUGUUAACUCCUGGAGGAAUGGUGUGACAGAACCAUCGCCAAACAUUGACAUAAUCUCUAAAUCAAAGCUUGGGACAACUAUGGAGAAGUUUAAAGAGGAGCAUAUUAAAUCUGUGGAAAGGGGAUUCAGUAACGUGUUUGCCGAGUUUGACAAUGCUUAUGUUGCAGUAAGGGAUGAGUUCGAAAACGAAAAGAAAGAGGAAGGUGUAUGUGCCAGAGUGAGAAUACGAAUAGUACAAGAAGCAGUUUUAACACGAGAUGCAUUUAAUGGACAACUUGAAAUUGAAAACGGCGAGGGAUCUUCCCUAACAAAUAUUAAGGUGGAGAUUCACAUUUGGAAGUCGGAGGAUGUAACCCAAAAACAUAUGAUGGAACAUUUUGCAAUAGGUGAUGCAGAUUUGAAAGGUAUUAGUUCCGUGGAUGGUACAGGGAGUCUAUCAAAAGGACAUACUGGAACUGCUGAGUGGUUGAUCAUCCCUUAUUCAACAGCUGCGCCAACUGAGGACGUCCUAUACGACAUCGGAGGUGUGCUCACCUACUUUGUUGAUGGGGCUAAUUUUACUGCCCCACUGCUUGCUGA